ACCUAUGUGAGCCGGCGCACAAUCUUUUCUUUUUGUUUCCAACAAUUAAAUAUAAUAAAAGUGAUAAAUAAUAUAAUUGCAAGAUAAAGGCAAAGAAAUACAAUUAAGUAGGAGCCAGGGUGUCCAACAAUCUCCACAAGUGCCAAGGUCUGUCUGAAUCUCCAUGACCAGUGGUCAAACAGAUGCAGAGAGUUUAAUUUAGCUGCGUCAUGAGCCUGUGCCUAAAUCCUUACAUAGUCCUGAAUCUUAACUAUUGAUGUUUAACUCAAGCCAAAUGUCCUCGCUGCGGCUGACCCAGCAUCAAAAGGAUCACCUGACGCUGCUUCAGCGACCAGCCAGCGAUGUCGUGGAGCUGUGCAAGUCGGCCUUCGAUUACCUAAUCAAUGGACCCAAUGCCACCCGCUACGAAACGCUGGCCAAGAAGUACUCGACAGAUGCCGUCGACAGGGAGGCAGUACAGCGGACAGUGGAAGCCCUGAUUUCGCUGUUGAUCAGCGUGACCACCCGCGUGGGUGGCAGUGGCGUGGACAUGCAGGCAGUUUUGCGUCAGACAUUCCCCGAUCUCAGCGACGAUGUGUUGGAGGUGCUGGAACAGUUUGUGACGAGCAAGCGUAACUUUGUGGAGGGGUCGAUCAAGUCGGCCAAUAUACGAUCCUAUCGACUGGUCGACCUGGACUGGCGACUGGAGGUGCGCACGGCAUCAAGAACCCUGCUCGAGCAGUGCAGUGUGGUGAUCACCAUGAAGCUCUACCUGCACAGAGAGCCGAAGAACGAGAACCGCGAGCUGCUGGAGGUAGACGAAUCAGGACGUAGCGAGCAGGAGCUGGCGGCCAUGCAGGAGGAUGAACGACGCCAUCGCAAGGAUCUGCUAGUUCAGACCGACAUCAGUAGCCUGCUGUACAUGAUCAGAACACUGGAGGACGCCCUGGCCGAGUCGAAGACGCGGCGCAUCCGCAACAUUGUCGAAGGCAUUCAUUGAAGUUUCCAAUACUCGGAGUAGUUUUAACGCUACUUUAAUCUGGACCAAUUUAUUACAACUAAAGCUAACUAGAAGAUA